UCUUUUAACUGCAUAACAUCCUUUCUUUUUUAAUAUAUCCCCUUGAUAUUUCUCGAAAAUGUCACAUUCUUGUUUUAUCAAUGUGGAUAAUCCUUCUAAAGUAAUCUGAAAUUUUUUCAACCAGUCAGAAUUGUUUUUGAAUUGGUUGAUCUAUUUAUUGAAAUAUGUUGACCAGGUUAUAUAUUUCCAAUCUCCAACGAGGGACAUUAUUUUGCAAUUAUUUGUGAAUAAGUUAUACAUGCUAGAGUGUAAGGCUGUAUGCCAUUUAUAUUUACUUUUGUUACAGAAUUUAUUAUUUUUAAUCUGUCAAUUAUUUGUUCAUAAAAUGGUCGCUUGAUUUUCAUGGCAUCUUCUCUUGAUGCUUUUGGUUCUUUUUUUAAUUUGUCCUUUUCAUUAUCUUUUCCUAAAAAAUUUAUGCAUGGAAAAUUUAGUUAAAGUGUCUACUCUUUACAAAAGAGUUAUUUUGCUUAAACUCUUGACAGCAACCAGCCGCAGAUACUCUGCUGCAUGUAGGUGCCUCUCCUCUUGGAUCUUUAAUCCCACUAAAAGCAAGCUCUUUCGCUCACUUUCUAGAAUUUCUUCCAAGUGUUUCUCCUCCUCACCUCUAACUCAUGGUCAUGCCUCUGCCUACAAGAGUACCAUGAACCUGUUGAGCAGACUUAGGUUUGGGAGCACAAGGGCUCCUGAGAAUUUGGACUCUUCAAUAGCUCAAUAUCCAGAUGAUGAUGAAUGUGCACCAGGCCAGCAGUUUGCACAGUUCGGUGCUGGCUGCUUUUGGGGUGUUGAGUUGGCCUUUCAGAGGGUGCCUGGUGUGACUAAUACAGAAGUUGGUUACAGCCAGGGAUUCAUACAUAAUCCAAGUUAUGAGGAUGUCUGUUCUGGGACCACAAAUCACUCAGAGGUUGUUAGGGUCCAAUAUGAUCUCAAAGAAUGUAGGUAUGACACUUUGCUUGAUGUCUUCUGGGUGAGGCAUGAUCCUACAAUGUUGUAUCGGCAGGGAAAUGAUGUGGGAACUCAGUACAGAUCUGGAAUCUACUAUUAUACAGAAGAACAAGAGAAGGCAGCUAGAGAGUCUCUGGAACAGCGGCAGAAGCGGUUGAGCCGGAAGAUCGUUACAGAGAUACUUCCGGCCAAGAAGUUUUAUCGUGCAGAAGAAUAUCAUCAGCAGUACCUGGAGAAAGGUGGGAGAUUUGGUUGCAAGCAAUCUGCUGCUAAGGGGUGCAAUGAUCCAAUCCGAUGUUAUGGCUAAGAUUAUGAGGUUUUUGGGGGGCGAGAGAGAGAGAGAGAGAGAGAGCAUCAGAGCAUAAGAAUGACCAGUUUUGGCUCCCUUAAUGUGAUGAUUUGAAUCUGAAUGUCGUUGCUUCUCUCUUUGUUCUCCUGUUUGCCUUUGAUAUUGUACAGUAGAUCUGUUUGGUAUAUCGUUACUUGUGUUGAGCCAUAUGAAUCUUGUACAUGAUUUUCUAUAUCGGGUGUGUAAAAAUUUUCCAA